AUGACUGGUCGCGGAAAGGGCGGAAAGGGAUUGGGAAAGGGAGGAGCUAAGCGUCAUAGAAAAGUACUUCGUGAUAAUAUCCAAGGUAUCACGAAACCUGCAAUACGUCGAUUGGCUCGUCGUGGUGGUGUUAAACGUAUAUCUGGUUUAAUUUACGAGGAAACUCGUGGCGUUUUAAAAGUUUUCUUAGAAAACGUUAUUCGUGACGCAGUUACGUAUACUGAACACGCCAAACGGAAAACCGUAACAGCUAUGGAUGUCGUUUAUGCUCUAAAAAGACAAGGACGCACACUUUAUGGUUUUGGAGGUUAAAGUGCAAGAUUAAUGAUAUGCGAUUAUCAACGAUCAGCAAAACGGCCCUUUUCAGGGCCACAACUCUUUCCUACUUAGGAUCAUUCGUUUCAACUAUUUUAGAUAAUUCUA